AUGAGAAAUUCAUCGCUAUCGCUCGAUUCGAGCGCCUUUCAUGUCGACUUCGACAGCGAACGUGCCUCCAUUCAGGUACUCCAGAAUCCUUCCGACGAAUACGGCACCAACUUUGUGCUUGGAGCAGAGCAGGCACCUGAACUAGACAUUGAAGAUUCACGUUUUUGGGGGCACUUGAUAUUCCAUGUCUCCGGAAACACUCUCCACCCAAAGGGGUGCACUAUGACCUCAGGGCUAUCCAGGGAUAUACGCACCAUCUCAGGCACAGAGGACGACCGCAUCGUGGUAACAUACCAGGGCAACUCAGGACAUGAGGGUGGAUUUAAAGGUUUCUCUGUGACGGCGAUCUACACGUUGACCGGUCCAUCCAGGGAUAUUCUGGACUGGUCAAUUGAAAUAACCAAUCAGACAUCCGAGCCCGUCGAGUUCGAAGAUAUUGGAAUACCUUUGAUGUCAAACUCUUACUGGGGUAAUGACCAAACUUUCAAUUACGAAAAGGUCGUUCACCGGCAUUCUUUCGUCGCAAAGAACGGGUCAUACAUCUACUGGCAGCGUCCGAAUGGCGACGGGCCAAUGUUAGUCAUGAUGCCUCAUCGCAAUACGUCAUUAGAGUUCAAACACAGGUAUAGAGAAGCGGAAACCAUUUUUGGAGAACAACUGCCAAAAUGGGAGGGACUCGCGGAGUUCUAUAUCCAUUCCAAGCAUAUCGCGACAGCAAGAGCAGAGAAAGCGUGCCAAUAUUUGCCAGCGACGUCUCUCACCUUGGCCCCAGGGGAGUCUCAUACAUACGGUUUCUGCUUUAGGUGGGCUGCCGACUACAUAGGCUUACGUAACGCCAUCUACGCGUCUGGUGGCCUUGACGUCGUUUCAAUGCCAGGUUUGGUCAUUCCAGCUAACUCUAAAGUCACUCUUGCUCUACGCUGUGAGGAUACCAUUGAGACUGUGACUGGAGAAGCCGGAAAGAAAGCCCAAAUCACUGCAUCUGGGACCUCAGGUGAAUAUCACCUGUAUAAACUUGGUUUCACCACACUCGGUUGCAACUACGUAACUGUCACCUUUGGUAACCUGCGAUCAGCCGUCUUGCAAUUCUACAGUAUUGAGCCAAUCGAGGUCCUUAUCAAAAAGCACUCUGCAUUCCUCGCACAACACCAAUUGGCCAAGACCACCACCCGAGGCUACAAUGGCGCUUUCUUGCAAUGGGACAUGACCACACGUAAACUUAUUACCUGGGAUGACUAUCCAGGUGGUGGUUGGAAAGAAUGGAUGGCCGGUGGCUCUGACGACUUGGGUUUAGCUCCAGCGGCUUUUUUAUCAGAAAAGUGUUUCUACUUCCCAGUCCAGUCGGAAAUUUCUGCCAUCGACUACCAUAUUAAGAACUUUCUAUUUGGCUACCUCAUUGGGGCCAGGGGUUCUGAUGACAAGCUUGCAUUUCAAGUCUAUCGGUGGUAUGAUGGCCAGGAUGGGACACCAAAAGACACUGGUAUUUGGAGAGCUUACAACUACACACAUAUCGCCAAUACCUUCUUCAACAUGUAUAAGAUCGGUAAGGCGUAUCCAUGGAUAGAAACACGGUACAAACCUUUGGAAUAUCUUACAUUCGCUUAUGAGAUACUCCAAUCCAUGUAUUGCAAAAUAUCACUACCCAAUCCCAUUGGGGAUGCAGCGAAUGAGUUGGGUCUGAUGGGCGAGUCAACAGUUCCAGAAAUUAUUGAGGCACUGAAGGUGGAGGGGAUGAAUUAUCAACAGCAAAAGUUGAGGGCAUUCAUAGACAGAAAAUUACAUCACUACAAACGAGUCAAGUAUCCAUUCGCGUCAGAGAUGACCAUUGAUACAACUGGGUUCGAGUCAGUAUAUGCACUUGGAAAAGUCGGUUUCGAUGUGCAACUCAUCGAAAAAUGCCAAAAGGCGUCUUUGGCCUGUCGUGGACUGCAGCCACUCUGGUACUUUUAUGGUUCCGACAACCGAAUGAUGGGCGAGUCGUAUUGGAACUUAGGGUAUGAGACUCAGUUGGGUUCCUGGCAGCAACAAGACUAUCUUGUCAAUUACUCUAGCUCGAAUAGAGGUGAUUUUGCCGAGGCAAUGCGCUCAACAUAUGGUGCAUUUCUUGCUGGUUGGGCGAACAUUAACUCCGGGCAGAUUGAUGCCCAUCCUUCAAAUAUCGGCGCGGCGUCGUGGCUAUGGCAGAGUGAAGGUGGUGAGCCUUCUUGGUCCUUUAUUCCUCUUGUCGGCAAUUGGUGGGCAUGGUCUGGAGAAGCUGACCUUGGCUUUUGGGGGGGUCUGCGCACUGCAUCAGUCAACGUUGUCCAGGAUCCCAUCGUGGGGUUGUAUGCCUACGGAGGCAAGGUCGAGCUCAUAAAUGAUAAAUAUCUGAUUGAACCGAUGGAUGGUGUGCAAUGUCGCCUUACCAUGUUCAAUCUCAACAACAUGACGAUCCAUGUUCCCCGGACUCGGUUCACGCAUGUGACAAUGGACAGAGAUGGGUCGAAUUUUGAUCUUGACUUGCAAAAUAUCGGCACCAGUACUUGCAGCCCAAGUGUCACUCUCAUCAACUUCCCUGCUGCUUCAUAUGAAGUAUCGAUAACUGAUAUAACUAAGGGAAAACUUAUUACAACAUCUACUGGGUCCUCUACCACUUUUGAAUUGUGGGAGCUGUCUACUGCUUUUACUAAGGUUUCUUUUAGGAGGCGUUAG